UCAAGCGCGAGUGUGCUCUCCGUCCGAUUUGGAGUCUGAGCGCAUUUCUUGAUGAGCAGAAACAAAACUAGAAAGACAGAAAGAACCCGCAACUCUUGUACUCUCCCAAGCAGAGGAGGCGGGCGUUAAGAAGCGAGAACCGCAACAUCAUGAGCUCCGAGGCUGUUGUCAUCGUGUCUGCGGCAAGGACGCCGAUAGGCCGUUUCAAUGGCUCCUUGUCCAAUCUGCCUGUACACUUACUGGGGUCCCGUGUCAUCAGCGAAGCCCUCAAACGGACAAGUGUCAGACCAGAAGAUGUGUCUGAAGUCAUCUUGGGACACGUUCUAACCGCAGGCCAUGGACAGAAUCCCGCACGCCAGGCCAGUGUGGACGCAGGAAUCCCAUACUGUGUGCCAGCGUGGAGCUGUCAGAUGGUCUGCGGCUCUGGUCUGAAAGCUGUUUGCCUGGGUGCCCAAACCAUCAUAACAGGAGAGGCAACGAUUGUUGUUGCGGGUGGAAUGGAAAAUAUGAGCAGGACACCCCAUGCGAUACACAUAAGAUCUGGACACAAAAUGGGCGAUACUCCAUUACAGGACACCAUGAUUUCUGACGGCUUGACAGACGCCUUCCACCAGUACCACAUGGGCAUAACAGCUGAAAAUGUGGCCAAGCAGUGGAGCGUGAGUCGCCAGGCUCAGGACCAAUUUGCCGUGCAGUCCCAGAACAAAGCAGAAGCUGCGCAGAAAGGCGGAUACUUUGAAAAGGAGAUUGUGCCCAUCCAGGUUCCCUCAAUGAAAGUUGAACUUACGGCUGACGAAUUUCCCCGCCAUGGAUGCACGCUGGACGCUGUGACUAAAAUGAAGCCCUGCUUUGUGAAAGACGGCUCGGGAUCUGUGACAGCGGCAAACUCUUCAGGGAUAAAUGAUGGAGCAGCAGCUGUUGUUCUGAUGAGCAAGUCUGAAGCAAAGAAGAGAAACUUGCAGCCGUUGGCACAGAUCAUCUCCUGGGCACAGGCUGGCAUAGAUCCUUCCGUCAUGGGCACCGGGCCGAUUCCAGCCAUUAAGAAAGCAGUGGAAAAAGCCGGAUGGAAACUGGAAAACGUCGAUCUGUUUGAAAUCAACGAGGCGUUUGCUGCCCAGUCGCUGGCAGUCGUGAAGGAGCUGGGCCUAAAGCCAGAGAAGGUUAACAUCUCCGGUGGGGCAAUCGCCCUCGGCCAUCCUCUGGGAGCGUCAGGAUGUCGGAUUUUGGUUACACUUCUUUAUGCUCUGGAGAGGACGGGUGGCAAGAAAGGAGUGGCUGCCCUUUGCAUUGGUGGUGGCAUGGGAAUAGCCAUGUGUGUAGAAAGGACGUGUGACUGAGACCCCGAGGAACACGAGCCUGCAAGUCCUGGGCCUUCCCAACGUGUAACUGUUUAUCAUUCCAAAGCCUGCAUGUAAUUAAGAUCUGUGACUUUUCUUUUUAAAUAUUAUUUUAAUGUGCCAAACAAGUGCCAUGUAUAUACUGUAUGCUCAACUGAACAUUUUAGAUAAAUGCUGUAACAUUUUAGUUACUGUGCACUAGGGCUGUCAGAUCAAACAUCAUCAUUCAAAUAUAAUUCAGAUUUAUUAAAAACAGGCAAAAGCUAAUGUUUGUUUUACCUGCACUAAUUUUGGUGUUGUUACCCCAUACACACGUAUUGUACUUCAGUUUCCCCCCAUCAGUCUUUUCAUAAUUUUGAACGGCGUUCACGAUGAAGUCGACUACUCUGCACUUUGGUCUCCAAGUGUACUCAGAGCAGUUCAUCUUCAGACCCAAGAUCCCAGACUGUUUAAUGCGAAGACCUUCUCAUUGAAGCAAUUGUAAAAAAAUCAUCAUUCUUAAUGUCCUUUUAGUGUAAAGCUUUAAAAUGGCGACAUUGAAGAGACUCGUCACCCAACACACCGUAUUCCACAAUUGGUCUCUGUCUUAGAUUGCUAUUGAUUUGACACACAACAAGGCCGAAUAGUGCUGCAUCUGUAAAAGAGAAGAAAGCAGACGGAUGGCGUGGACCUUGACUUGAUACCCUGACAAAAGGAUUCGAAAACUUUUUUGUGCGCAGGUCCACACUUGUCGACUGCCAUUUUGUUUUGAAUGUCGUGAUUUUAAUGGUGCCCUGCCACUGUCCAACACACACUUCCAAAAUUCUAGGUCUUCCUGCUUCUUGCCUGCUCUUUUACUUCUCUCGCCGUCUUGCUGACUCGUAUUCCACCCGCCCUUAAACCGCUCUGCCUGUGCCAGUUUACCAGCCAGAGACGCCACCAUACGUUUGCAGCACACGACUCCGGCAGAGUGUUAAGUGGGCGUCGUGAGCGC